AGAGCUGAGGUCGGGUUUCAGAGGAGGGGACGCAGCAUGGAGGACUGCCGCAGCAUGACAAGGAUGGUCCUCCAGACUCUGAUGCUGCAGCUCAAAGGGCAGAGGUCGUCCUACCUGUUCACCUGGGCACUGUGACAUCAUCAUGGUGGUAGUGGUGGCUUGUGGCUCAGUGAGCUCCAUCAAAGCUCUGUGGGAGACCAGGAUCAAGAAGAAGGAGGAGGAGCAAAGAAGAAGACCGACCAAGGGAGGAGCCACAGGAAGACUCAGCGUGUGUGUCUGGGAGGACCGGGCUGUUCUGGCUCGGCUGAAGGAGAAGCUGCAGAUUGAGGACGGACGACUUGUCCUUCGAAUCGAACACGAAGAGUGGAAGUCUUUUCCAGGAUGCCUGGUCCAGCUCAGCCAGGUUCAGGAAUGGCAGAUCCACAGAACCGGCCUGCUGAAGAUCCCACAUUUCAUCUCCAGCUUCCAGAAUCUUUUAGUCCUGGAUUUGUCACGUAACUUCAUUGCUGAGAUGCCAAGACAGAUCGGGAAACUGACCCAGCUCAGAGAACUUCUGCUGAGCUACAACAGAAUCCAGUUUGUUCCUGAAGAGCUGUGUGGAUGUGAGAGUCUGGAGAGACUGGACCUGGCCAUGAACCGGGACCUGAAAGAGCUCCCAGACCAGCUGAGGAACCUGAUGAAGCUCCAACACCUAGACCUGUCCAUGAACUACUUCAGCUCUCUUCCGGACUGCGUGGUCUCGCUGCCGGUGCUUGAGUGGCUCGACAUGGGUGGGAACUGCCUGCAGGACUUACCUGAAGACAUCCAUAGGAUGGAGAACGUGCACACGCUGUGGCUGCAGAGGAACCAGCUGGAGAGGCUUCCCGAGAACAUCAGCAGGAUGAAGAACCUGGACACGCUGGUCCUCAGCAGCAACAGGCUGAGGGACAUCCCGUCACUGAUGGAGGACAUGUCCAAUCUCAGGUUUGUGAAUUUUCGAGACAAUCCUCUGACUCUGGAUGUGAGUCUUCCUCUGAAGAAGACUCUGGCUGAGGACGGAGAGGACGAGGAGGACAGGGAGCUGUUUGGACGGGAGUUCAUGCACACAUACAUCCAUGAGGCCAGGAAGAGAGCGUACGCUGUGCUCAACGUGCACCGGGUCAAUCAACCCCAAGAAGACACUUCAGACCCAUAACCGGCUGUCCUUUGGGUUCAUAUCAAGAACCGGGUGUCCUUUGGGAUCAUGUCAAGAACCGGCUGUCCUUUGGGUUCGUGUCAAGAACCGGCUGUCCUUUGGGUUCAUAUCAAGAACCGGGUGUCCUUGGGGUUAAAACAAGAACCGGGUGUCCUUUGGGAUCGUAUCAAGAACCGGGUGUCCUUUGGGUUCGUAUCAAGAACCGGCUGUCCUUUGGGUUUCUGGCUAGUUCAGUGUUCUAACCUUAGUUCAGGUUUCCAGCUGUGAGCGGAUCCUUUUAAACACAGAUCAUAGUGGACCCCAUCAGAACCAGAACUCAAAUAUUGCUUUGAUAGGAGACUGGAGAAGUUCAAUAUUUUAUUAGAAACAUUUCAGUCUGAUGGAUUCUUUAAUAAAACCGAUUAUUGUAGAAA